AUAGAUAUAUAUUACGACGACGUUGUCAUUGGAAGCUACGACUUUGGCACUACUAACGGCUACCUUUCCUACCUUCGCGCUAUAUUCGAAGCCCUAUAUAAGUGCAACAUCUUUAUCGGCCCUAACAAAUCGUUUAUCGCGUUCCCUAGCGCUAUAGUUCUUGGCCGAAUGGUCAAUAGUAUAGGUAUAUCUACUAUAGCCGAAAGGCUAGUAGCGAUUACUACACUAGAGUUUCUAUAUACCCUCAAGGACCUUAAGUACUUCAUUGGCGCCACCGGUUUUAUAUAUUAUAAUAUACUACUCUACUCUAUCCUUAUCGCCCUAUUGUAG